CUCAGCAUUAUUAGAAUAUUGUCAUGAUAGGCGAUAGACGUGUUUUUCAUUUUGCAAAACGUCCAGCUGAUAUAAUGUAGCUCGAUGCAUUAAGUUGUUCCAUGGAGAUUCGUUGACGCGCCCUAGGUCGUAUUGUCCAUAGUGCACUGAUAGAUGUUUAACCGCACACUUUAUAGAUAGGUUUGAAGAAACGAUAAAGAUAUUGAUUUAAAAUAAUAACGCGAUUAAUACUUAUUAUCAUUAAUAAAUUAUCAUGGUCCACGCGUCGCGAAAAUAUUGCCAAUGUUUCGUUUUACUAUAUGUUAUCGUGUUACAAACACAAGCCGCAGUCGCUACGAAUGGAGACGAAUGUUGGUGGACCGGGUGCCAGCCGAGAACGUGGGCCGUUGUCGGAUGCGCUCAGUACAAUCGAACGCAGCUAAACGUCAAAGAAUGCGUCGGCGGUUCGGAGUAUUACUGCUGCACACCGGAUCACCGCGUCGUGCCUUCUGCCAAUGAUUGUUGGUGGACGGGAUGUCAACCGAACAGUUGGGCGGUCAAAGGCUGCGACAGUUACAACAGGACGGAAAAGAACAGAAUGGCGUGCGAGUGGGACGGGUUUAGAUACGAAUGCUGUGCUCGUCUGGAAACCGCUGUUCCCAACACCCACGCCGUUCCGGACACCCACGUCGUUCCGGACACCUACGCCGUUCCGGACGCCCAUCCGGACGAAAACUGUUGGUGGACGGGUUGUCAGCCGAACAGCUGGGCGGUCAAGGGCUGCGACCAUUACAACAGGACGGAAAAGAACAGGAUGGCGUGCGAGUGGGACGGGUUUAGAUACGAAUGUUGUGCUCGUCCUGAAACCACCGAUCCGGACAUCGACAUUCGCUCCAAUUUUAACGACAAUUGUUGGUGGUCAGAGUGUCAACCGACAGACAAGAGCGAUCGCGGAUGUCCACCGAACGCUGUUCGAACAGGUUUUCACCCCUGUCCCGGCGGUGAUCUGUUGCAGUGUUGUUGGAAAAACAUUUCCACCGAUGGCAAUAUGUAGUAGACUAUAAUAAGUUAUGCUUCAAUAUAAAAUUAUAUUAUAAGUAAAAGUAUAUAGAAUUUAAUAAACCAAAAACUCAUGGAUAAAGUGUGAACGCACUUCAUGCGCUCGAAAUAUGUAAAAUUAUGUAAAACGAACUUAGUAUAAUUAAUUCAUAAAUAAAUGUAUGGAGUAUUAAAGAUACCU